AUGGGAGUGCGAACAACGAUGGAAGGGAUAGAAGAGAAAUGGAAGCAGUUCAAUCUGACUGAGGAAGAGGAUGUUACCCUUGACUCUCCAAAUGGGGAAAGAGAGGAUGUUCAACAAAAGGGUGAUAGGAGUCUAAUAGGGAAGGUUUGUACCGAAAGAGGAGUAGGUAGAGAUGUUAUAGCCAAGACAAUGGCCCGAAUUUGGAGGAUUAGUAAGCGUGCUAUAUUCCAGGAGGUAGAACGAAAUGUCUUUGUGAUAACCUUUGCGACCCAUGCAGACAAACAGAGAAUUAUGGAAGGUAGACCGUGGCUUUUCGACAAUGCCUUGAUCCUGCUAGCUCACUACGAUGGGGCGUUGCAACCGGGGGCCAUAAAGUUUAAUUAUGAAACCUUUUGGAUGCAAGUCCACAACUUACCGUUGGGAUACAUGACGGAGGAGUGGGGGAUGCAAAUAGGAAAUUCUGUGGGACGUACAUUGGAAGUGGAUGUUGAAAAUGAUGGGAUAGGCUGGGGAAAGUGCUUGAGGGUUAGGGUGGAGAUACCUCUGUGUAAAGCGAUUGCAAGGGGAAGAUUUAUAAGGGUUAAGGGGCAGAAGGAAUGGGUCCAUUUCAGAUAUGAGAAAUUGCCAAAAAUCUGUUUUUUGUGUGGAUGGUUAGUACACGGAGAAGGGGGGUGUACGGGAGAGAAAGGGGACUGA